AUGGCGGCCUCGCUGGCGGAGCAGGCCGAGCCGCGAGCGGAUCGCCAGCUGGUGGGCGGCGCUGGCGCCGGCCGCAGCCCUACUGGCGAUGGCGGUGCUGGCUCUAGCAGCGGAUGGCAGAUGCGUGAGGCAGACAUCGACGCGGCGCUGGCGUUCUGGGGCGUGGGCGCGAGCAGGGCCGAGAACUACGCCAACGUGUACGGGCACGAGUAUGUGAGCGACAAGGCCGUCGAGGCAGAUCUGAUGGAGAACGGGCUCUUUCCGGGCGGACCGCUGCUGAACAAGCUCAAGCUGUUUUACCCGGACGCAACAGUCGCCGAUCUGGCGCCGCUGGUGAUGGAGGCCAAGGCUGUCAAGGCGCUGCUGGUCUCGCCUGAGGCGCAGGCGCUGAUUGACACGAAUGGGUUUGAUCCUGUGGCUGAAGCUUUUGACCUGCUGCUAGGCAACGAAGUGGCGUCUACGGCGCCGAGCUCGGCCCGAUCACCGACGACGACCUGCGUAUUGCGAUGA